GAAGUUUCUGAAGCGAAGAUUUCAGGUGAACUCCGGCGAAUCCGUUCCUGCCACCAUGGGGUCUCAGAAGUCCCCGCUGGACGACGAGAACCUGAUGAACAUUCUAGCCGACGCAGCGCACUGGACUGAGGAACAGACGGCCGAGAAGCUUCACGGAACUUUGCCUGUUGUUAUAGACUUCCUGCAAAAGAGCCCUCCAGCUGAGGAAGGGGUGCAGGUGGCCAGGUUCGUCCUAGGCUCCUUCCUCCCGCACCUCCAAGUCGAGGAGUCCUUCUCCCUCCUCGAUGCCACUCUGCCAGCCCUCAGGUCUUUCUUUGAUGCCUUUGUGCAGGAGUGCGAGCAGGAGGCAAAGGUUAGCGAAGAUGUGCCCAGCCGACUCCUUCAGCAAUGUAUCCUAAUCACAGAGAGUUGUGAACUGAUGGUGCAGUUCCUGAUGCAAGCAGAGAAUGUUGUUGUGAAAAAUGUGAACAACCUUCCUAAAGUUGUGUUGCAUGUGAUAAAUGGCUCUCUGAAGCACUGCAAAGAUAGUGGGACCAUCUAUGGGGACCAGCAAGAGCAAGUGAGUGAGCCCUUGAAUCUCCUCUUUCGGCAGACCGUGGACCUCUCAACUCACUUCUCAGGAUUAUUGCCCAAACUUGUGUUUGAUACUUACGAUGAUAUAAAUAUAUUGAUUGAUGUCUGCGAACAGCUACCAAUGACAGCAUCAUGCAUGUCACAGUUGUCAGAAGUCCGUGCCUGUGUGGUGGUGUGGCGAGCAUAUGUCUCCUUUAUCCAGCAGUAUCAUGCACAUCUCAUAACAGAACUGGAUAUCUCCCUGCCAAUUGCUUCUCUAACAAGGGAGAUUUCAGAUGGCUUGCUCAUGGUGACAGGGUUUUCAGUCCAGAAUAAGAAAAUGAACGACCAGGACCUUAAGAUUACUCAACGUAUAAUUAAGAUGACAAGUUUUUGUAUGAAGAUUGUCAUUUCACUGUGCGAGAAAUUCAAGGGAUACGUACACCCAGCUCAUCGAGAACUGGGAAAGCUCCUGGUAUUGUUGUUUAGGUUCUUUCCUGAAAAUCUCAUUCUACAAAAGUUUCCUGAUGGGAUAAAGACCGACAUGGAGAGGCAGGUGGCCAUUGGGGUUGAGCCCCUCUUGUCCCAUCUUAGGGAUGAUGUGGACUUUGUUAAGGUUGCAAUAGACUUAGGAGAUGAAGAAACAGAGAAGACAGAGGAAAUGGAUGAUUGGGGAAGUUAUCUCCUGUUGCUGAUUGCUCUGAGCUCCCCACUCUCGCCUGCUAUUGCACUCCACUUCGAAGCUCUUGUUGACAGGACAUUCCAGGCAAUUCAGAGAAGCCAUGCUUCACUUUCAUACCCAUGCAAGAUAGCAGGAGUAAUGUGUGGAGGAAAACCCCUUGCCAACGUAACGCUCUAUGAACAUGUCCUAACGCACUUGUGUUCACUGGUGGCUGUUUUAGAGCCUGAGAGUUUUGAGGCCAUGGAACAGCUCCUUAUAAAAUGGCUGUUGUCUGGACAAACGUGGCCGGCUCUAAUGGCUGCUGAUAUUUGGUGUUUUAUGGCCAGAUAUGGAACAAGUGAGCUGUGUAAGAAUCACUGCUUGGUACUCGCUGAAAUCUUGCCUCAUGCUCCACUUCAUUCUCACCAACAGUUGGUACUAACUUCACUUCUCACAAGGCUUAUUUCCAAGCUUUCUCCAGCUGAUAAGGCUGAUUUUCUUUCUCAUAUAUCAUCUGGACCUAUCAAGCAUGAGGAUGAAGUCAGUCUCUCCUGUGUGGUGAAAGAGAACUGCAAGGCAGACCAGACAAAGGAUGUUAGGAAGAAUCUUCUCAAUAGUUGCUCUCAGACCAUCAAAGCAGUGGUUUCAAAAAAUGCAUCGGAAGACAAUGUUUUUGAUCUUUUGGUCAAGCUUGAGCACAUCUUCCCAAGCCUUGCUGACUUCCCUCUAACAGAUGAUGAGGAUGCAGUUGUUUUUGUUGAAUGCAUACAGGAUCUAGCACAGCUGUGGACCAGGUUUCCAGUGGAAUAUAUUGGCUGUACAGCAGUUGAUUUGUUGGCUUCAGGCCUAUUGAUAACAUCAAGCUCAGUUCUUAAUCAUUACUCUAAUGAUCAGCUUCUUCAGAUCACAUCUUUCUGUAAAGAAAGUCCCAGUCGGGCUUCACCAGUGUUUGAGGUUUCUGUUUGCUUGCUGGUGGCUGCAGCUGGGCAGUGUAGUCUGUUAGCCACAUCAUCUUCAGAAGUUGCAAAUAUCUUAGACUGCCUUUCUGAUGGGUUGCAUAAAGUGUUGCAGAGCAAGAAUCCAUUUGUGUACCAGUGUGCUUUAGAUGCCUUUGUUGCAUUUGGUCAACAUUCAGUGCACGAAAAUGUGUUGCCUUCAUGUCUGCAAAAGUGUGAGGAGACUUUGCAAGGGAAAGUUACAAAGUACUUGCAACAAGAAGUACACACUUUAUCCCCCAGCAUGUCAAUGUGUAAUCUACUACAACACCAAAAUGUCAUAUGUUGCAGUGAUAAAAGGGCACUGUCUCAGAAGAAUUAUGUGCCAAUUGAAGAAUUGGUAAUGGUAGAGAACGCAUCAGCAAGUUCAUUAUUAUUAAAAGGAAAAAAUAAUUUGUCAGAGGAAUUUAAAUCAUCAAAGAGAAAAAGGGAAGACGAAUUGGUUUAUUCUAGUUCGUGUGAAGCGAGAACUUUAAUGGAAAGUCUUCAGGAAAGUAGAAAUAUUAUUGGACGAUUGAAAGAUAGGAAUGAAAUGGAGAAGAUUGACAGAGAUGGGGUUUUAAUUUUGUUACAGGAAAUGAUCAGUGAACUUAACUCCUGAUUUUUUUUUCUUUUUUUUCUUUCUUUUGUUAAAACUUUUUUAAUAUCAAAUUUUAUUACAGCAAAGAAAAAGAUUGUUCUAGAGUAAGUGGUAUUGGUAAUAUAUAUUUAGAUUUAAUAUUUAUUUUGUAAGAUGAGAAACUUUUUUAUUAUUUUCUUGCUGUGUAAAGACAAGAAAUAAAAUAUUAACAAUUGUUA